CACAGAUAUGAGUCAAUCGGCUGUGUGGGUAGUGUUCGAAUCGUGCUGAUGUGAUUUACCUUGCAGAACGUACUGGCAGCCUCGCUAUACGUCACGACCUCCUCGCGGUGCCGACGAGCAGCAAAACGUCUCGUGUUGUCUCCAUCACACCAACGGACGUAGUCUCAGGAUCAACUACUGAAUCUCCAGACACAUUCGCACUUCUGCCGUCUGUGUACAAUCCGUUGUACCGACAUGGAAGAAUGUGCAUCGACGGCGGCCGCCUCCGGAGCGUCAUCUCAGGAUGACCCGGCUCCACGGUUGCCCACCGAGAUCUGCGGACGGAUCAUUGACCAUGUUGCGGCGGGACUGAAUCUUCACUACACAUCUCUGGCUGGGAAUCCAGCUCUCCUAGCUCUGCAAUCAUGCGCACUGGUAUGCAGGGAUUGGUACUUUCACACCUGGUACCAUCUCCGUCAGCGCGUUCACCUCCGUGACCGGAACGACGUCCGUUCACUCUCCAGGACACUCCACGAGAGACCACGCCUCCGCGGUGUCGUCCAACAGGUCGUCAUCUCGGGUCAUACGCCUCGACAGCGUUCACCGAUCCAACAUCUCGGAACGUUUUCCGCCAUGCUUGCCGGGAAGCUCCCGGAGCUGUCGAGGAUCAGCAUCGAGGACGCGGAAUGGCCCGUUGGCUUGAUGAGGGUGGAAGACUUCGGAUAUCUCGCCGCAUUUCACCUCGUCCACACGUUAGACAUCGCCAACGUCACCGUGUCGAGCAUCGCCCAGCUGGCCCGCCUCAUCUCAGCACUCCCUGCCUUGAGAGAACUAUAUUGCGUCAAUGUCGACUGCUCACAGAAACACCCAGUCUCUCCUGUCUCUCUCCCGCUGAACUGUGCAAGCCUGGAGUUCCUCGAUGUGCGAUGGGUCGCGCCUGCGGUUGAAGACCUACUCGUUCGGAUCAGCCAGGCUUCCCGGCUACGAAAGCUCUAUUUCGGAGUUGACGGCGACUACACCUCAUCCUCCGCAGGCAGCAGAACUCAAGCUUUAUUGGAUGCAAGUGCGGCCUCGGUGGAAGUCCUCACGCUCUGGAUUGCUCCCGCCUCCUCCGUGGACAGUCACACUGUUGGUUCCACUGUAGAACGACACUUCAACCUGUCACGCCAUGAAAUGCUGUGGCGAUUGCACAUUUGCCUGUAUCACCCCUUUGUUGCGUGGUCCUGGAUUCCUCAUAUGGUCUCUCGAAUCCAUUCAGAUCAUCUCAUGGCCAUUUCUGUUUUGUUUUUCAUUCAUGCGGACCAUGCAUCCGCCAACUUGGAUGGGGCGGUGACGAUGAUGGAGGAAGAUGGGACCUUGGUGCGAUUGGAUGAUAUACUGCAAGCAGAUUGCUUCGCCGAUAUCGCAUCGGGUGGUAUAUGCCUAGGCUUCGAUCAUGAUGGGAUUGACUGGCUGCCGGUUGUCAAGUUGUUUGAUUCAGAAUCAUCAUUCAGAGAGCAGUGUGGCCGGAGGGACGAGCUCGUUAGACGGAAGAUGCCGCGCUGCAAUGGACGGCGCAUAUUGACGUACGUGUUACAUUGGGUCCGAUGUAAUGGCAGAGACGCGCUGAGUUCCCUUCUUAGUAUCGUACAUAGCUUCGAAGAGCACGAGAACUGGUGCUACAACAUGAAUGAAAUCCAUGAAGCGACACAACACCAGAAGGCCAAAACCGGAGUAGAGGUGCAGUCAGAGGACGACGCUGCGCAUGCGCCGGAUACGUCAGGCUGACCGUCCUCAUCUUGUACACUCGCCGGUGUCAGUGUAACGAGUCCUUGUUAUCGUACGCCGCGCGUUUUGCGCAUUGGUUGCCUCGCCGAGAGGCGAGCGGCGAUGACCUAUGUAUAGACGUAACACUAUGCGCGGGAUGUCCCCGCAAUACUCAUCCAAGGGUGUCGACACGUAGAACAUCAUCGCUGGUUCAGAGCUCAUAGCCCGAUAAGUCAUCUGCAGCUGUACGCGGCGGCACCUUCGGAUCAUACACGAUUGUGGGUGCCGAUGCUGCCUAACAAUAUGAUGCACCUCAGCUAGACGGCGUCACGCAGACGGAAUGG